GUUGCCAUGGAAACGUAAACAGAAAGGCUGUUAGUCAUAUCAGAGGACAGAGGUGCGGUGCAGGAGUUAGUUGGCUUGACUUCAGUUCAAAACAUUAUUGGUUCAUCUCCUCAGGCUCGGAGCAGCAUGUCUUAUGCUCAGUCUCCCAAAAAGACAGGACUGCCGAGAGAGGUCGUGAAGUGGCUGCAAAGCCUCGACCUGUCAGUGUAUCCGAAGAACGUGCGCAGAGAUCUUUCCAGUGGUUACCUCGUGGCUGAGAUGUUUUCUCAUUACUACCCACAAGACUUUCCCAUGCAUUCAUAUGACAAAGGAGCAUCACUGUCCACCAAACAGAGGAACUGGAGCCAGAUACAGAGGUCUUUACAGAAGCACCAUCUGCACUUGAUGAAAGAGGUCAUUGAUGGAACCAUCCACUGUAAACCAGGAGCAGCUGAGCUGAUGGUGCAGGAGGUUUAUACUGUUUUAACUAAGCGGAGCAUCAGAAACAUUCAGAGCCCAGAGUCAGACUUCACUGACGAUAACUACCAGGAGCUUCUGCCGACAGUGGCGCGCUCCACAGCCUCCACGGCUAUCAAGAACAACCUGAGGAUAACAGAAAUCAUGGCUGUGCCUGACGUCAGCACAAACCGGAGGAAGGCAGAGGUCAUCCUCCACAGGCACCUGAGGCACAAGGCAGCAGGAAGGGUUCUCAGCCCUGGACAAUUUAAAGUGAAGCAUGAUUUGGGUCAUUUAGCAGCCACUCCAGUGUCAUCCAUCUGCGGUGAGGAGUGCAAUUCUUCAUCUGGACAUAUUACAUCAAAGUCGUGUUCAUCCUCGCCAGCAUGGAGCAGAGCGGAUGUUUCAUUCAAGGAGAUAAAAGUGCACCAGCCUGUCAGACGCUCCGUUAACUAAUGGUUAACUAAUAAAGGAACUGGAUGGAG